CUCUCUCCCUCCAUCACUGAUAAGCAUGCCUUUCGAGGAUCCAACAGAGAAAACAGCCCUACUUGAGGAGUUAGGGGCCACUCUAGAGAGGCCAACUUCCAGGCGAUCCCAUGCUGUGUUUCGGCGUGUUGGUCGUAUCGGCCAACUUGCAAUCGGGCUCCUACUCGUCAUCGGCGGCGGAUUCCACUAUCUCAACCAUGGACAACUGCCCGAGAAAUAUGGUGUCGUGAAGGACCGCACAUGUUUAACACCGUCCUGCAUCCACGCCUCUUCAGAAAUCUUAUACAAUCUCUCGCCCAACUACAAAGAGCUAGAUCCCUGCACCGACUUCGAGGAACUCGUGUGUGGAGGUUGGAAAGAGCGCCAUGAUCUUCGACCUGAUCAGGGCGAUGCCUUCACUGGGACCAUCAUGUCUGAGAAUUCGCAGAGGCUGUUGAGACAUAUUCUUGAAGCGCCCUACCCCAAGGAUUCACGGCAUUCAUACUUCUCGCCUAUGCAACUCUCGGCUGGGGAUAAGUCUGAAGAUGAGAAGAACUUUGACAAAAUGAAGGCUGUGUACGAUGCUUGCCUUGAUGAGGAGACGAUCAAGAAAGCCGGCACGGCUCCGCUCAUCAAGAUCUUGAGGGAAGUGAUUCGCCUGUUUCCGGUAACCCAGAAGAGUGGUGUCGUUACCGAAGAUGACCACGCCUCCAUUGGAGAUACUGUUCUUUAUCUGGCACAGCAAGGCAUAUCUGCCUUGAUCUCCCCUGGCACCGGAGCGGAUGACACCGACCCUGACACCGUGAUUGUCGCCGUGUCCGCUCCAUACCGCAUCGGCCUUCCAGCAAAAGAGCGCUAUCUCGACGAGAAGCUCCUCGCAAGGUACCAGGCUGUGAUUUCAGAAGUUCUCCCUGCAUUGUUUCCAGACCAGGAGAUCUCCAACUCCACAAUCGAGUCUCUUGUUUCCUUUGAGAAAGAAUUGGCUGCAGUCUCCCCCAGCCCCGAAGACCGCAACGACGUAACAAAAUAUUACAACCCCAUGACCCUCUCGGAGGCCUCAGCCCUGACCCCUCAGCUCAACCUCUCCCACAUAAUCCUCUCCCUUUCGCCGCCCCAUGUCGAAAUCCCGCGCGUCAUUGUCAUGACUCCUUCCUACCAGAAAAAUCUCUCCUCCAUCCUCUCCGACACCGAAAAAUCCACGCUCCAAACCUACUUCCUAUGGAAAGCCGUUCAAUCAUUGCACACCUACAUCUCCUCCCCCAUCCUAACUCCCUACACUCGCUUCUCCAACGAACUGGCCGGCAAAGCCCCCGACUCCGUCCCUGAGCGGUGGCGCACCUGCGUCUCGCAUGUCGACGACGGGGUCGGCUGGAUCCUCAGCCGCUUCUUCGUCGAGAAGGCAUUCAGCGCCAAGGCGAAGGAAUUCGGAGAUCGCAUCGUCAGCGACAUCAAAGCUCUCUUCAUCGAGAAGCUAAAGAAGACGCAGUGGAUGGAGGCUAGUGUCAUCGACGCCGCCAUCAACAAAGUGCACAACAUCAUCCAGAAGAUCGGAUAUCCGACCAAGUCUCCCGACAUCAUGGACCCGCACGCGCUCGGGGAAUUCUACUCGUCCGUCUCCGUGUCCUCGGACGAGUACUUCGCCAAUGCGCUCGCCCUGCGGCAAUUCCAAGUCAAGGAGGAGUGGAGCGCGCUGGGCAAACCCGUCGACCGCGAGAAGUGGGACAUGACGGUCCCCACGGUAAACGCCUACUACAACCCGCCGGGCAACGAAAUCGUGUUCCCUGCAGGCAUCAUGCAGUUCCCCGUCUUCGACGUCAAUCUCCCCGAGUACGUCAGCUACGGCGCCUUUGCGUCCGUGGCCGGGCACGAGCUCUCCCACGCCUUCGACUCGACGGGCCGCCACUACGAUCAAAACGGCAACUACACGGAUUGGUGGACGGAGAAGACGGUCAGGGAGUUCGAGAAGCGAGCUGAGUGCUUUAUAGAACAGUACGCGAAUUUCUCCAUUGAGGGGCCCGACGGUAGACCGCUCCACGUCAAUGGCCGCCUCACGCUAGGCGAGAAUAUCGCCGAUGCGGGCGGCGUUGCGGCGGGCUUUGGCGCGUGGAAACGGCGCGCCGAGGAGGCGCCCAAUGCGGAUCUGCCCGGGUUGGAGUUCUUCUCGCAGAGCCAGUUGUUUUUUGUCAGUUAUGCGAAUUGGUGGUGUGGGAAGAGUACCAAGGAGACGGCGGUAAAUCGCAUUUAUAAUGAUCCGCAUGCGCCCAAGUGGGCGAGGAUUUUGGGCACGAUGGCGAAUUCGAGGGAGUUUAGGGAGAGUUUUGGGUGUGGGAGGAAGGAGCCGGUUUGUGAGCUUUGGUAGGCUGAGAGUGGGUGUAUAUAGGGGCAUGGAGGGGAGAGGAUGGAGAGGAGGGGGGUUGAUAUAUCUUUUUGGGUAGCUGGGAAACGAUAUGAUGCAAUGACGCUGCUAGCUUUAACCUUUCC